UGUUGGCUCGGCCGCCGACAGAAAGGCAAACGGGAGAAGGCGGAGAGAGAAGCUGAAGAGGGACGCCACGGCACCGCAGGCUCACCGGCGAAGCGACGGCGGCUUUCUGCACAGGACCGAUAACGUGAAAAAAGCACGGGACAGUCUCGGAGAGCCUCCUGCUCGCUCGGAAGAAGAAGAGGAGCUGAAAAGGAAAAAAGGGAAAAGGGGGGGCUGUUACUCUGAAAACUACCGUCAGGAUUACCGGAGGAGGCACCGUCACAGCAGCUUUCACCCAGAAGUCGACCUACAGAAGCGGAUGUCUUGAGCUAAGCGAGACUUCAAACUCAACCUGUCAUCUGCCCCGCUUGUUAUUCCGCACCUGGUCCACUCUCCUUCCGGUGCAGAGCACCCAACACCGCCUCCACCUUUUCCCCACCCCCUUCCUGCCCAGCCUGCCGUCACCAUGACGUCGGAGCUGGAGAGCAGCCUCACCUCCAUGGACUGGCUUCCUCAGCUGACCAUGCAGGCGGCCAUCCGCAAGGCAGAUGCCCAGAAUGCCCAUGGGCCAGGCAUGGGCAAGAAGAGUGCCCUACUGGAUGCUAACACCACGCUGGACCAGGAGGAGGUGCAGCAGCACAAGGACGGCAAGCCUCCAUACAGCUACGCCAGCCUUAUCACGUUUGCUAUCAACAGCUCCCCAAAGAAGAAGAUGACUUUGAGCGAGAUCUACCAGUGGAUCUGUGAUAACUUUCCCUACUACAGGGAGGCGGGCAGCGGCUGGAAGAACUCAAUAAGGCACAAUCUGUCGUUGAACAAGUGUUUUCUCAAAGUGCCUCGCUCCAAAGAUGACCCGGGAAAGGGCUCUUACUGGGCCAUCGACACAAACCCAAAGGAGGACUCCUUGCCUACACGGCCAAAGAAGAGGCCGCGGUCUGGAGAGCGGGCUUCUACGCCGUACAGCCUGGAGUCUGAGUCUUUGGGGAUGGAGUGUAUGAUCUCUGGAAGUGCCUCUCCAACGCUGGCAAUCAACACUGUGACUAACAAGGUGGCGUUAUACAACACAGACCAGGAGGGUAGUGAUAGUCCAAGAAGCAGCCUUAACAACAGCCUGUCCGAUCAGAGUCUGGCUUCCGUCAAUCUCAACAGUGUGGGCAGUGUGCACAGCUAUACAGGGGUGACCAGUCACCCAGAGCCCGUGUCCCAGCCCAUGAGCCUCCAGCAGCCGCCCCAGUCCCAGUACAACAUGCCGGACAGGGAUAAGCAGCUCCUGUUCUCUGAAUUUGAAGAUCUCAGUGCCUCCUUUCGCAGCCUUUAUAAGUCUGUUUUUGAGCAGUCCUUCAGUCAGCAAGGGCUGAUGGGCAUCCCGGCAGAUUCCUCCCAGCAGACACACACCUCCUGCUCCUAUCAGCACUCUCCCAGUGGCGCCAUCAGCACUCAGAACAGCAUGUCAAACAACCAACCCAACAACCACCCCAACAGCCACUCCGCCAACAGUGGCCAGGUGCCCCUGUCCCACCCCGGCCACGUCUCGCCCCACGCACAGCACCUCCCGCAGCAUGGCGUCCCCCACAGCCAACACAACCAACACAGCCAACACAACCAACACGGCCAGCACAGCCAACACAGUCAACAUGCACAGCACCCCCAGCAUGCUGCGCACUCCCAGCACGGGCAGCACCCUUCGCAGCACCCAUCCCACGGCCAGCACCCGCAGCAGCACACGCCACACCCCUCCCAACACACUCAGCACAGCCAGCACCCACAGCAACACGGACAGCAGCAUCAGAGCCUCUCCCACCAGCCCCAUCCUACCCAGCAACAGAUGGCCUGCAACACAGGUUUACUGUCUGACUGGUACCCAAAUCUGGAUGCGCUGAAAGAAAGCUGUCGCAUUGCUAGCAGCUAUAACUGGGCUGAUGUCGACCUUUCACCUUUCCAAGGAUUAAGGGACAGUAUGAGACAAGCCGAGUUGAACAAUUGGUCCCUGGAACCCACUCAGAUUGCAGACCUCUGCUCGUCCAUCAACCAGUUUUUUGCCCGCACCGGUGUAAUCCAGCCACAGGGGGCAGUGCAGCCCACUGUUUGUCAUGGCUCCAUGCACCCCAACAAACCAAGCCAGCACCACAACACAGGAAAUCUCUACAUGGACUCCAGACAGAGUCUAUCCUUGAUGGGUCCUCCAGGAUACCCCCACAUGUCCCCCAUGAGCACCGCAGGAUCCACGAUGACAGGACACCAUGCACAGAUGAACCAGCAGCACAUGAUACCUACCAGAAACUUCCAGAUGCAUCGCAUGCAAGCUGAUGACAUUCAGGAUGACUUUGAUUGGGACUCCAUCGUCUAACCCCAGACCUCCUUCUGCAAACAGAAAAGGGAGUGAGGAGAGGAGGUGGAAGCCAGAGGGAGCCAGGCGGAGCAACAGGAGGGGAGGAGGAGUGCGCUGUUGGUGGGAUGCAGAAGAACAUUGACAAGCUUUGUUGGACAAAGACAGACUUCAGAGUCCUGACAUUUUUACAAAAGCAAAACAUUACUAGAAAACGUUAGUUUGAAGACAAUCAUAUUUAGUCGGACAUGUAAAAGUGAUCGCUUAUGUACUUGUCUAGAGACAAGUAAACACAUUCACGUCUAAACCACACGCUCCUCAGCUCCUCAGAUGGCCCUCUCCCUCUCCCGUCCCUCGCCAGCAGCCUUCCAAAGUCCGAACCCCUCUCCCCCCUCUCCCCCUGCUCCGUAACUGUUCUGUGAUUUGAGCGACGUGUUCAGCUUGUAAUUCUUCUCGUGUUGACAUCGGCCUCAGCUGCCUCUUGGAUGAGUUUUUUCUCUCUUAAAAAAAAAAAAACUUAUUUGGUUUUGAUUUUCAUUUGAAAGAAACACAGGCCAUCUCUGUGAGUAACGUGAUGGUGCUCGUUUGACGCUUUUGGGAGAAAACCGGUCUCGCUGUGGCUGCAUGGGUGGUGAAGUUGUGUUUACAAUAAGUGAGAUUUUGAACAGGGUGUUAAAUGAUAAAGGCUUGAUAUUAAACAAACCAAGAGAGAGGGAGAUCACAUAAGGUAUCAUGAUCUGUUCUCCUACACAACCAAUGUGAUCAGGCCCACGGCAACAGACAAGUUAUGGGAAUACAAGAACUUUUUCAAAUGUCUUUCUUUUUGUUUCUGUGUCUCAAGCACUUCACGAGUGGAUGAGUGUGAACGAAAGUGAAGAAAAGAAAGCAGGAACAUUUUCUGUCUUUUAUUCAACCCAAAGUAACCUGAGGUUUAAGUUCUCUGAGUGCAUUGUUUUAGUUUAGUAUAAAUCUAUCAGUUUUUAAGCUUUAUUCAAUCAAAAGAUGUAACAGUAAGUGCUUACCAGAUUCAAAUUUUGAGCGAAAUUGAAGGGGGAAGUUCAUCAGUUUUUGAUAAGUAACUUGUUGAUCAUUGAAUCAUUCAACACCAAAACCGAAAAAACUGACUGAUACAUCAGUGAGGCCAGUGUUGUCAGCUAGUCCCAGUUUAUCCCAACUAGGGCUGUCAACUAGUUAAUCACAAACCGCUGUGUUGUCCCUUUAAGCGCAUCAUGGAUAAACCGCCGCAAAAAAAAGAAAAGAAGAACAACACUGCUGCAUCUUUAAAUGGGUCAAAAGUAACAUCCACCUCAUGACAUCAAACAUUUCACUUGUAUACCUUUACUUUUUGCUGUUUUCAUUCACUUUUUGAUCUGUAACGAGUUCCAUUUUCUGAAGUUAGGUUAAUGCUGUAACCUUCAAUCUACCAGAAGGUCCUUAUUUUAUUUCAAAAUAAAAGCUGGGUUGAAUUCAGUCAGCAAGUAAAGUACUCUCAGCUUAAGACAGUACAACUAUUGAAAAUAAAAGCCAAACUAUUUUCAUUUUGAAAUGCGAAUGCAGAUAUGCAAUUCAAAUUUCAAUUGCUCACGAUAAAGUAUUGAACUUUUGCAAAUAAUCAUGAUUACAUUUUGAAAAAUCUUUUGACAGCCCUAUCCCCAACACAUCUGUAAUGUCAAAUAUGUCAGGCAAUACUCUUCAAAGAUAUCAAUAAUAUGUUCAAGAUGAUAAAAUUGUGCCUCCACUUUAGUUUGUCAAAAAGAAAACUACAUUUAAAAAAAACAAUUUAACAAGGUUUUGACAAAGUUUGUUUUCUAAAAAACAACAACAAAAAACAUGCAGACCAAUUUGUCUGAAUGUGACCUUUUAAACUUUUAGACAUCAUUAUUCAAAUCUUUCCUCAUUCAAAUUCUGUAUGGGCUCUGGCAAACAAAACAUGUGUCAUACUUCUCAAAUCAGCAGGUUGUGUUUUUAUUGAAUAUAUAAAUAUAAAUAUAAAGCUAAAGACAAAAAGGAUGGCUUAGCUUAGAGACUGAAAGACUGAAAAUAGUCUUGCACUGUUUCUGCCCACCAUCCCCCCCAUGAUGCUUUGCAAUCAACAAGAUAAAGCUUGUCUUGUCCGUCCAAUCUUUACUAUAAGACGAGUAAAGAAGCACUCCUUGUAUCAAGGAAUGUUAGAAUGAUUUCCAUUAGAUGUGCCUGAGGGCUGAUUUAGUUACCUGUGGAGAGAACAAGGCCAGGCUGCCGGCCAUAUUUUUUGUGCUAUGCUAAGCUAACUGUCUUCUGAAGCUUGCUUUAUAUUUAUCUUACACACAUGGGAGUUGUGUCGAUCUUCUCAUCGAACUAUUGCGGUGAAAGGACGUUUACCAAAUUGACAAACUCAUAUUUUAAAGAAUUACAAUUCCAGAUGCAAACCAUGUUUGAAUUAUAAAUUAAAAUGAAACAUUAAGAGCCUGUAUAAAAUGUGAAAGUAAUGUUUUUCAUGCCUAAUAAAAUACAGUAAAAAGAAAUCUUUCAAAAGUAGUAAAAUUAGAAAUCUGUCUUAGUCUACCUGAAAGAGGAAAGAAUCUGAUGUGGAGCUUUUUCAAUAAUGUGUUUAUUUUUGAAUGACCAAUGAUCAAUAGGAUAUACAUCAAAUGUUGAACUUUCCCUUUUUAAAAGGUAAAUAAUCAUGUGUUCAACUUUACUGUACAGUUUGUAGAGUGAGUUACCGGUACAUCCAAAUCCAUGCCUUUAUCUAUCUAUUGUACGUCAACGGUAGUAAAAGCUGCACUCAGUGUAUGUCACAUCUGGAUUUAAAAUUUUCAGUUAUAAUUUUUUUUCUGCCCAGUGUUUUAUUGUAAUCGUACAAUAGCUUAAGAUUUUGCUGUUAUACAAUCAUUACAGAAUGAGAAAUGUGAUUCAUGAUCAAGCUCAUACAGUGUGUGUUUGUUGGUUUAACAAUUGCUGAGUGCAUAUGUGUACGUUUUGUUUUGAUUGCAAUUUUAGGGCUGAUUGAUUGCUGCAAUCGCUUUGCUUUCUAUGAGCACAAAGCAGAUGCACACAGGUGAUCUGUGACAAAUGUGUUUUAUGUUUAAAGGGUUCCUCUCAAGCACAGAACGGGGAGAUCGACCUGUGCUCUGUAUCCUGUCACAUGUGGCUCCCCAAUCAGACAGGUGCUGAACUUUAGAGACACUAUGUUAGAAAAGUUCACCCUUUGCACACUUAACACCUUUUGUUGGUAUCCGUUUUUUAAGGAGCAAAGCACCUCCUGGAGCUCAAAUCUAGCCUCUCCUUAAUUUCAAACAUUCAUUUACUAUCGGACCUGCAUUGUCCACAACUGACAAUAUUUCUCCUCCCAGUAAUACAGCUGAACUGAUGGUGCUUGCAUACAUGACUAGGUGUGUCUUUGUGUAAAGGUGAAGUUCAAAAUAUUGGGAAAAGUCAUUAAUGUGUUUCUUUUCAAGAAGAUACUUCUUCCCGGUUCUCCUGCUGCAGCCAACCGAAAGUUGGCCCUGAAAGUAGUGUUGUAGGACUAGAAAUUGGUCUUGGUCUCAAGACCGGUCUAUGGUCUCAACUCGGAAUCAAAAGUAUUUUACUCGGUCUUAUCUCUGUGUCGGACUGAGCGGACUCCGGAUUUUAAAUCAAGACCGAUCAAGAUCACCACUGAUUGGCUGUUUUUCCACAUCAUUACUGUGAUUAGAAGAAAAAAACGCCCCCUUCUGUAUGUCUUGGUCUCGGUUAGGUUGGUCUUGACUACAACACUACCUGAAAGAGUGAAAACAAGAGUAAACAGCUGGUAUAGCUCUGUCCAACAUGCAAGCAUCACUAAUACUCACUAAUCAACACUUUGUAUCUUUGUGUUUAUCUGUACCAAAAACCUAAGUGUAUAAAGGACUGUUUUUGUGUCAUGCUUUGAUAAUUUGUGAAUUACUGAGCAUUAGAGGUGCUGAGCGGGAGAUCUUUUCAGGAUUGGACAGAGCAAGACUCCAUGUUUCUCUGUUGUCACACUUAAUGCUAAGCUAACUGUGUGGACUAACUGUAGCUUCCUCUUUAUGGUAGAGAAAUGAGAAGUUGUAUGUUUCCAAAAAGAUUAGAUCAUUUCUUUAAAUUGAGUUAUCAACUAGGGAUUGCUGAUGUCAGCAUAAUUCUGAUUUCAUAUUUUAAUGACAAUCAUUAUUAAUUAUUUUUAAUGAUACUGUAAAAGGCACUUUCAAGAUUCACCAGGUUCUGUAAUGUGUUAGUAGUAUAUAACAAUUUGUUUUUACAUUUGAACCUCUCUAAGGUUAUUUUAAACUAGAACCAGUCCACAUUUUAGACUGCAAGUCUUCAGUCCAGAGCUGCACUGUGCACAUGAAUCAAGACUUCUUUUAGCUGAUGAUACUGCCGUUCAGUUUUUUUUUUUUUUUUUUCUUCUACUGCCAAUCAAACCUGUCCACCCCUGCAUCUUUCUGCCAUGUUUUGUUUGUCUUUGCACAUCAAAUGUCAGCUGUAUGUGAAGGAUUUCCUUGCCUGUGGAUCUUCUCUCUUGAGCUUUUCAAUGCCAGGAUUUCUUAAGUAGAGCUCAAACCGAGGGAAAAAAAAAAAAACUAAUUCAGUUGUGUGACCCAAAUGAUGACUCUUUGUGGCGAGGUGGCCAAGGGACUGCAACAGAAGAUGAGAGAGGAGAGCAACAGUGUGUUUUCUUUCUAAUGUACUUACAAUAGAGAACCUCCUGUGUGUCGGUGUGAAGUUGAAGUGUGUCGCCGUUCUUCCAGGUGAAGAUUGUUAACACACACAAUACUCUUUUUUUAACGCAGCAGCCCCAAAGGAAACAAAAGGAUUUGAGCUAAAACGGAUAAAAAAAGGUGAAGACAAUGACUGGAUCACAAUCAAAUUUUACAUUACGUCCGUAUGUGUGGUGUGUGUGUUUUGUGUGUGUGUGAGUUCUUUUUUUUCCCAAAAGACGAUUUGAAUUUUUCUUUUUUUAUUCCGCUGGACAUGAACCUGCCAGAGAGAUUACUUAUCAGUGGGAGAAAAAAAGAUGAUAAGAUACAAAAAAAAAAAAAAAAAAAAAAAAAAAAAAGCCUUGUUACAAUGUGGGAGAGAACUGCCAACAAGUACUGCUGAUCGGGGCCUAUUUUAUUCAGUGCUGGUGUGUUGUUGUGCUUGUACAUAUAUGUCUUUUCAAUCAUCCCUUUUUUCCUCUUGGGGGUGGGGUAUCAAGGCUGGGGGUGGGUCUUAUCAAUGAAAAGAGAGGAGGUAAAAGAAUAGAGUAUUUUGUUAUUGUCCAAUCAGAGGGUGACAGUAUGUAUAUAUCUAUAUUGUAUAUAUGUGAUGAAAAUGCGUCGGCUUUUUGUGUGACACUACCUUUUACCUGUACUAUGGUUCUACAUUCAGUGUUUCAGUGUUGAUAAUAUAUAUUUGGUUUGUUUUUUUGAUUUUGUCUUUGUCAUUUCUUGUAUUUUUUUUUUCUCCUACUUGUCCUAUUUUUGUUUAUGCACGGUUUAUUACUUUUGUUGUCCGAUGAGGUGACACAGCUACUCUUUGUAUUCGUUUAGUGCUGUAAAAUAACUCAAGUGUUAUUAGAAUUGUCGAUACCACCGCCCACCCCACCCCUGUCCCCAAUAUGCAUGAAUGGCACUUAAAGAAAUAAAAUAUGGUAACUUCACUGUG